GGUCGGGUCCCGGAGCGGGACACCGGGCUGCCGCCUCCUCGCCCAACCCCGGAUCCGGCUCUUCCCAACGAGAGGCUCUGACGGGCCGGGGAUGCGGGGGAAGGCGGCCUGUUCCCGCGGUGGCCCACGGCAACCCCCCUGUCUCGCAGCGGGAAGGGGGCCAGUGAGCGGCUGCAGGCAAUGCACCGUCCGAUAAAGAUCCGCAGAGAGAGAACUGGAGAAGAUGGCAUCGCCGUGCAUCCGCGUCCAGAACGGACAGAUUGUUCAGUGUCUCUCCAGAGACGAUAACUGGAGUUCGUGCAUUCAUUGAACAUAAAACAGAAAACAAAUCCAGCACAGUGUGGGCACUUCGGUCCACGAUGUUGUACCGACCAAUCUCAACCUACUCUAUGCUCAGACCAUAACACUUAUUUUCCUUGCAUCUAAAUAUAUAAAUGUCUGUAUUCUAUCAGCCUCCACCAGCGCCGUGGCAGUGUAUUCCAGACACCCACUACUCUCUGUGUAUAAAGAUAUAUACCUCUGACAUCUCCCCUAAACUUUCCUCCACUCAUCUUAAACGGAUGUCCUCUGGAGUUGGCAAUUGUUGCCUGGGGAGGGGGGGGGUGAAGGGCACUGGCUGUUACCUCUGUCCGUGCCCCUCAUCAUCUUAUGCACCCCUAUCAAGUCGCCUCUCCUCAUCCUUCACCCCAAAGAGAAAAACCCUAGCUCGCUCAACCUUUCCUCCUACAUGAUGGUCUGUAAUCCAGGCAGCAACCUGGUGAAUACACUCAGCACUGUUGCUAAACCUUCCACCUGCUUCCAGUGAUGAGGAUUCAGAGGAGAUUUAUGACGAUUUAAGCUCGAGCAUUUCUCUUUAGAAAUGAGAUUAAAUAUGAGUUUCUGAUUCCAACUCAAAAGAAGAUAUCAUGGAAGAUCCUUCAGAAAUCAUCCAGAAACUGCAACUUGCAGGCAAAAACAGGACCGAACAAGAGGAAUAUUACCAAAUUAUGAAAGUCCCUAUUGGGGAGGUUCUAAAAAAGAUUCUGGAGGACUUGUCAACUGAAAAUCUAAGGGGUGAUAAAGGAUUAGUUGUGGAUAAUGUAAAGGAUUUGCUUUUACAUGCUGAUCCUCUCUGGCUUCUCAACAAUUAUUGUCAAAGUGAAACUGUGAGUAUUGUUCAAAUGUACGUGGACCUGGCUGUGGUUUUGACCCAGUACUCAGCAUUGCCGCAGUGUGAGUCCGACGUUGGGGAGCUGCCUGACAGUGCCUAUUCCACAGUACCUGGGAGGGCCCACAGCGUGGCGGAGGUGUUUCAGAUUCUCCUCAGUAAACUGUCAGUAAGGCCGAUGCAAGCGACAUCCAGCUCUGCUGGAGUUCCGCCCAGCUCUGUUUUGAAUGGCAUCUCCCCACACCUGGUCAUUUUCUGCGCCACACACUGCCAAGAGAUGCCAUGGACCAACGCAGCGUCUCGGCUGGCUGCAGAUGAGCUGCUGGCCGCCACAGUGCAGGCAUCCAGCUGCAAGACUCUUGUGGAGCUCCUGUGUGGGUCGCAGGAGGAUGGCGGGGGAGCUCUGGGAGCUGUGCUGCAUCUGAUGAAGCCACAAAUGAGCAAAAACACCUGGAAGUUGAAUCCAGCCACAAAACACGUAUUUCGGUGGCUGCUGCAGAGGGUGAGGAGGCCUUGGCUGGCUGAGCACCUGGACACAGUGCUGCCCCCAUCCCUCCUCUUCUCAGACGACUACAGGACAGAGAAUAAGAUUCUGGGUGUGAGGUGUCUCCAGCACGUCAUUGACAAUGUGCCUGCUGCAGAGCUCUUGCAGUAUAACCGAGCGCAGGUGGUGUACCAUGCUCUCUUCACUCACCUGUACACUCCCGAAGCCUCUCUCAUUCAGACUGUGCUAUCCUGUUUACUCGACCUUCUCCCAGUCAUAGAGAAACCACACGUCACCCGAGGACAACAGAGGGCAAAUCACUAUGACAAAGUAUUCUGCCUGAUACUUACCCAUAUGGAGGUUGAAGACAAGAUCCCUCUUCGAAGAGUAUAUGCCAAGCACCUGCCUGUCUUCAUUGAAAGGCUCGGUAUUCUGGUUGUUCGGCACUUGAAACGGUUACAAAGGGUGAUUCUUGGAUAUCUGGAGGUGUACGAUGGACCUGAGGAAACAGCGAGGCUCUGUGUUCUGCAGGCAUUCCAGAGCAUGAUCCAACAGGCUUGGCCCAGGAUGUCCAUGAGGCUGGAGGUUUUGCUUAAAUCCUUACUUAAAUUCAUAUAUGACGUGGCAACUGAUCAGAGCCCAACUCCACCGCGGGUGAGGGAGGAACUGUUACACGAUGCCACCCAAUGCUUGAUUCUGCUCAAUCGCUGUUGUGAACGCAAAGUGACGGUUCUCCUGGAAGGAGUGCGGCAGAAUUGUGAAAAUGUGACCGUGCUGGAGUGUCUGCAGCGGGUUCAGCAAGACAUGUAACAAUUGUUGCAAAUGUAUCUGUACAGGACUGUAAUAAACAGGCAAAACUUUGUGGUCAUUGUCCAGCUCAUUCAAAUACUGGAAAUACUCACUUCUGCCUCAGUGUCGGCACUCGUUCUCAAAUGACGUAACA